UUGUCAAAUUUGGGUCAAAUUGUUUGGUGAUUGUAUUUUGUAAAUUAAAGUUUUUGCGAAUAUUUUGUAAAUACUAACAAAUACGUAAACUGAAGUUAUUCUAAAAUAACAUGCUAUAAUUAAAACUAACUGCUGCAAUCAGUGUUCAUGAGAUUAUUCGCCCCCUUUCAUCCCUAGGCCAACAUGACGAAUCUUGAUGUGAGUAAUAGCAGCACAGACAGCAGCUCUGGAUCAACCUCAGACUCCAGCAGCAGCGCCACAUCCUCCACCAGCUCGUCAGCUUCCAGCAGUUCAGACUCCGAGUCCUCGACAUCCGAGGUACCAGCUGCGGCGGCCGUGCCUGCACCCAAGUCACCCAAACCAGCACCAGUUGAAGAGAAAAAGAAAGAAGAACCCAAACCAAUCAGGUCAUCAAAACCUAAAAUAUCAUCAUCCAGCGAUGAGGAACCGCCCAAACCAGAGACUCCCAAGCCGGUCCCACCAAGAAGGCGCUCCACCAAACCGAAAAACGCCGCGUCCGUGCUCGUGAAAUCUAAAACCUUCGCUCCCAGGAUCACAACGGGAGCAAAAUCGAAAGCAAUAUCAAAAACUAUACCGAAAACGUCCAAAAUUGAUGCAAAUAUAUUAAAAAAGAAGAGUAUUUUCUCACCAGACAACAGUUCUGAAAGUGAGUCAGAGAGUAAGGAGAGUAAAGGUUCAAAAGCAAGUCCCAAAGGCUCGCCGCGCAAUGGCAAGAAGAAUACAAGGAAGUCCAGUGAAGAGAAAGAGACGCCCUCCUCCCCCUCACCACCGACUCCCAUCCUCAACGACGACUCCAACUCUAACUCCAAAGACAAUGUCAAGAGAAGAGCCAGUAGGCUUAAUGGCCCUCCGCCUAAAAAGGUGGUGGAAGAUAAAAGCGCGUCUUCUUGCACAUCGAGUCAGUCCUCCAUAGAGUCGGUGUCCUCAGAGAGUGACAGUGAAGCAGCCAACAAGGACGGAUUGAAGACGGGCAAGACGAAAUCGCCGUCGAACACUAGUAGUAAGCAAGAAACGACAGGCAAGAGCGGCGACUCGGGCGACUCGCUGCCGGGCUCGAUGCCGCGCAAGCUGACGCGCUCCAUAUCUGCGAGGGUGUCGCGCCUCGCCAACGCCUCCAAGCCGACACACACGGACACCGACUCGGACACUGAAGAAAAGGUUAAUGAGAAAAGUAAAGACGACAAGCGGCUGGCGAAGGCGCGCGCCGCCAUCGCUCGCUCCCCCGCAAUGCCCGUGACGCCCACCGCGCCCUCCGAGCGGCGCUGUCCGGUGCGGGACUGCGAUUCCAUGGGACACCUCGGUGGCAAGGCCGCCCGCCACUUCACAUGGGACGCGUGCCCGGCGUACCACAACGUGACGGCGGCGUGGUGCGUGGCCGCGGCCGAGGAGCGCGCCGCCGCCGCCGCCACGCGCCGCCGCGCGCUCGCCGCCAUGCAGCAGCGGCCGCGCGCCAUGCCCACCAUCGAGCAGCGCGCCUACCAGCUCAAAGUGAAGGAUAUGCGGUCGAAAUGGAAAGGAAGUCAAGAGUUACGGUCGAUGCCCUCCAAUGAAGACCUGGGGGAGGAGAGGGAACCGGUGCUGGAAGGCUUUGCCCCCGAUUACGACCUCAGGUUGUUCCGGGACGCGCAGGCGUUGGCCGCCGUCAAGAUUGAAGAGGAGCUUGGGGACAUAUGUACUGACAAAGGGACAAGAUACGUGGUGAUGGGCAAAUACAUGAUGGAGGUGUGGUACCAGUCGCCGUACCCGGGAGACGCCGCGCGAGUGCCGAGACUGUUCGUGUGCGAGUUCUGCCUGUCGCACCACAAGUGCGCCGCGGGCAACGCGCGGCACAAGGCCAAGUGCGUGUGGCGACACCCGCCGGGGGACGAGGUGUACAGGAAAGACAACCUGAGCGUUUGGCAAGUUGAUGGGCGCAAACACAAGCAGUACUGCCAACAACUGUGUCUGCUCGCCAAGUUCUUCCUCGACCACAAGACGUUGUACUAUGACGUCGAGCCUUUCCUGUUCUACGUGAUGACGUGCGCCGACAACGAGGGCUGCCACAUUGUCGGCUACUUCAGCAAGGAAAAGAACUCUUUUCUCAACUACAACGUGUCGUGUAUACUCACGCUGCCUCCAUACCAAAGGCAAGGCUACGGAAGAUUACUCAUUGACUUCAGCUACCUGCUCACAAAAGUGGAGGGCAAAGUGGGUUCCCCGGAGACACCUCUCUCGGACUUGGGGCUGAUCUCCUACCGCUCGUACUGGAAGGAGGCUCUACUCAAGAGGCUGUGCUCGGCGCCCGGCCCCAUGUUGAGCAUACGCAACCUCAGCAGCGACCUAGCAAUCGCCUCCUCCGACAUCGUGUCCACACUGCAAGAGCGCGGCCUCAUGAAGUACUGGAAGGGCAAGCACAUAGUGCUCAAGAAACAGGAGGUGCUCGAGGACGCGACGCGGCGCUGCACGCGCGCGCGCUGCGUGGACCCCGCGUGCCUGCGCUGGUGGGGCGGCGGCGGCGCGCCCCGCUGACGCCGCGCCCCCCGCGCCGCCCGCGCGCCGCGCCCGCGCCCGCUCCGCCCGCCGCUCGCGCCGCUCAACGUGUUCACCGCGCGCCCCGCCGGCGCCGGCGAGCGCUUCUAGGGCGCUGCGGCCACGUGCGCGCGCCGGGGGGACGCUCACUGUGACUUGUGCAGGUGUUCACAUUAGUUGCUAUUCAUUGAUUGUAUGACUAAUAGUUAGAGACGUAUGACCGACUCUCUUUUCCGAAGAGUCGGCGCUGUGACGUCACGUGCGUGCGCCGGACGGACGCUAUGUGACUGUUGUGCUGGUGUUGAUACAUGUAAAUAUUAGUAGGUAAUAAUUAAUUAUAUGACAAAUACGAAAAUAUCAGAGACGUACGCACGACCGACUCCAACUUCCAAGGAGUCGGUGCUGUGACGUCACGUGCGUGCGCCGGGGGGACGCUCACUGUUACAUAUGCAGGUGUUCAUAUUAGUAGAUAUUAAUUAAUUGUGUGACAAAUAGAGACGUACGCACGCCCGACUCGCAUUUCCAAGGAGUCAGCGCUGUGACGUCACGUGCGUGCGCCAAACGGACGCUCACUGUGACUGUUGUGCAGGUGUGUUGUUACAUGUAAAUAUUAGUAAAUAAUAAUUAAUUAUAAGACAAAUAGGGAAAUGACAGAGACGUACGCACGACCGACUCCCACUUCCAAGGAGUCGGACCUGUGACGACACGUGCGUGCGCCGGACGGAUGCUCACUGUGACUAUUGUGCAAGUAUUGAUACUUGUAAAUAAUUCUUAAUAGUAUAUAUGUAAAUAUUAGUGGGUAAUAAUUAAUUAUAUGACAAAUAGGGAAAUAUCAGAGACGUACGUACGACUGACUCGUACUUCCAAGGAGUCGGUGCUGUGACGUCACGUGCGUGCGCCGGGCGGACGCUCAGUGACUGUUGUGCAGAUGUUCAUAAAUGUCAAUAUUAGUAGGUAUUCAUUAAUUAUAUGACAAAUAGAGAAAUGAAAGAAACACGUACGCAUAACCACGUGCGAGCGCCAGACGGACGCUCACGGUGACUGUUGUGCCGGUGUUGCUAUAUGUAAAUAAUAGUAUAUAUAUAAAUAUUAGUAGGUAAUAAUUAAUAAAAUGGCAAAUAGAGAAAUGUUAGAGACAUACGCACGACGACACGUGUGUGCGCCGGAUGGACGCUCACUAUGACUGUUGUGCUGGUGUUGAUACGAGUACAUGUAAAUAAUUGUAAAUAAUAAAUAAUUAUAUGACAAAUAGCGAAUAAGCGAAAAAGCGACUAUCAUAAUAAUAGGAUAUAUACAUAUGAUAUGUAGGUAAAUUAUCUAACUCUACGAAUACUUAAAUAGAGUUAGAGAUGCACCAAACGAUCACACGCAAAUGGACCGACUUGCACGUCUAUGACGUUACGUGGCGUUUAUGGUAGAUAACCACAUAUCGGCAUCGGUAGUAUCGGACGCAUCGCAUCAAACAGAUCGUAGUAUUCUUUGUACAAGUGCGUCCACUGAUCCGCAUCGUACGGAUCGCACGAAUGUAUCGUAAAAUUAAUAAUCCGUUUGAUACGUACGAUGUGGAUAUGUGGACGCCUACCAUAAUUGUGACUCUGUUGUUGAAAUGAUACAGUAACUAUGUAAAUAAUAUGAUAAAUGUAAAUAAUAGUGGCUAAAUAAUUGCUUAGUUUUACGAUCAAUUAUAUGACAAAUAGAGACAAUUCCAAGUACGCCAGGCUCGCACAUCGUACGCUGUGACGUCACGUGCGUGCGUCGCUCGAACUCCUACUGUGACUUGUGGAAGUUUAUUAUCAUAUAAAUAAUGGUAGGAAGAUUACCUAUUUUUGCGAGUACUUAUACAGGGUGCUCGGGAGUAUUUUCCAUAACUCUAGGGUUGUGUUCUUUAACAAAAAUUAAUUCAAAAUAUUCAAGGAACAUGCGUUCUAAAAUGAAUGUUUUCGGAGUAAAUAAUAUAUCUUUUGUAAAUAGAUCUGAAAAUGUGUCUGUGUUGUGUUGUGUCAUUGUUUUACGUUUUUUAAAAUGCAGCGACCAAUUCGCCCGUUUGAGGAAAAACGUACAUUCGGGUUACAUAACAAAAGAAAGUUAAAUGUAUUUGAAAAAAACAGUUUCACACUUUCUUAUAUAUUUCUAGAAGGUGCUAGAAAUGUAGUGUUAGCCUCUUUAAGUCAUUAACUCUCGAGAACUCUUGUAUUGUAUUAUUAUAGUAAUUUAGUAAUCUAGUUAAGUUGUAAGCACUAAGAACAAAGAAACUAGUGUUGUGUUGUAUAAGACUUAGAUUUUCAAGUAUAUUAAUGGUAAUUAUGUAUAUGAAUAAGAAUAUUUUCCCAUUUCGAUGAUCUAAGUUAUUGUAAGGUAAUUUUUAGUUUAGGGUAAUUAAAUAUAAAAAUUUAUACAGGAUGCUCGGGAGUAUUUCACAUUACUCUAGGGUUAUAUUCUUUAAUAAAAAAAUAUUCAAAAUUUACAAGGAACAUGUGUUCGAAAAUGAAUAUUUUCGGAGUCAAUAAUUUUUGUUUUGUAAAUAGAUCUUAAAAUGCUUCUCCUUGAUUUCUGCGCGACGCUUAGGCGCCGCCGCUUACGUCAUGGAAGUUAUGGAAAAUUCUCCCGAGCAUCCUGUAUAGAUUUAGUUACCAGUAUACCGGUAAAUCGGUGUCUCUAAGUGAUCAAACGUUCCGGUACACAAUGCCGUACACUGCAUUGUCAAUUGAAAUUCCUCUGUAAUGUAAAUAACUAUGUAUUGAAUAUAAAUGUAAAAUAUAUUUAAGUUUUUGCUUUGGAAUAAACAGAGAGAGAAUAGUGAUAGAAAAAUCCCACUUCUGAAACCUUACUGGAAUUUAAAUCAAUUAAAAUUAAUUUAUUUCUUAUUUUUGAAACGUCAAGUUCGUCUAUUGGUAGAGAUUUUAUUACCGGUAAGGUAAUCAAUAUUAAUAAAUGAAAUAAAGAUUGAAUAAAUAUUUGAGUAAUUAUUAAAAUAAUGAAAUUAUUCAUUGUAAAAUAUUAUAAUUAAACAUUAUAAAUAUCUGUUGACGGUCAAAAAACUGUAAAUAUUUGUUUAAGGUCAAGAAGCUGUAAAUAUUUGUUUAGGGUCAAGAAGCUGUAAAUAUUUAUUAGUAUUAAAAAAAAUAUGUAACGCGUUAAUGGUGACAGUUCUGUCAUUCAUUUUACAUUGUAAUUAAAAAAAAAACAAAACAACGUGUACUUAUUACAAUCCCGUAGAUAGAGAAGCUAAUAGACAACUGCAGGCUUAUUCAUUAUCUUUUACGUACGCUAGUUGACAUAUACGUAAUUGAGAUUCUAUGUAAAAAUGUCAUUCUGUGCAUAGUGGUGUAGGUCAUACAGUAGGUAAAUGAAAUUUUGUCACUUGAUUUGAUGUUUAUUUUAAUAGAUUGAUAAUAAAUUCUAAAUAAGUGAAUAGGCCAGCUGAUGGGCGUGACGUUCUAAGUCUAAAUAUGAACGAUUUUGACGUAUCAACACUAUACUGAACCAUGUUUUCACUUGCUUGAACUUAUAAUUAUUUUAGACCGUCUAACCGACACGCAUCAUAACAUCGAAUAUCUAAUCUCAGGUAAAAAGUCCACGCAGAAGACGUAAGUACUCUUUUUUGAGGGAAUGCGACAUAUCCGUCUAUUCACUUCUCCGUCUACGGUACAGCCGUUUUAAUUAAUGCGGCGCUAAUUUAACUAUUAUUAUUAUUAUAUAUAGAUAGGUAUAGUAUAGUAUAUAGUAGAUAGUAUUCGGUCACAUUACGAAUCUAUCUUAUUAUGAAUUAUGUAUGUAAAAUGAAUUAAUUUGUACAACUUUGUUUGUUAUCUUUGCUCUAAUAUGGAAAUUUAAUUAUUUGAAAUUAAAGUCAUUAUUUUUCGAUUUGUGCAUUGUAUUAAAAAUAUUAUUAUUAAUUAGUAUAUAUUAUAUAAGUAAUAUAUUAUUGUAAAUAUACAUACAGUAAUUCCAUGAAAUAGUUGUAAAUAUGUUGAAAAUGUCAUUAAUUGUAUGUGAGCGGUUCACUGUAAAAUAUGUUUAUUGUUUAAUAACAUAUUAUGUUUUAUUUCAUAAUUAUAAUGUAAUAUGAACAUGUAUUAAUUAAAGUAAUUACAUUUCAAAUAAAAAAUAGUGGGUAGUUUAAAAAUUGUUCCAGUUAUCUGAACUGGAAAAUAUCCGGCUGCUGAUAAAUUUAAUUUAUUACAUUGAGGGUAGUAGAUAAUUUUCCAAUCAAAUAUAAGAGUAGGUAUAUCAAGCUUUAGCGUUUGAAAGCGUUAGCGUUUAUAGAAAGAGAAUCGGCGUGCCACAUGGCUACAGAUCCUGAUUUUGCAUAAAGACCACCCAUCCAGUUACUAGCCUGGGUCAAAGUUGCUUAACACGGUUACAGUUUGGUUUACACCUUUUACAAGCUAACCUAAUAUAGAAGCUGGUUAUAAGUGUGUAUCCAUUUUAUAGCUGGUAAUAUAAUAUACUUCUCAUCAAAAAAAUGAUGACAUCAUUUGAUGACAAGUAUAUUAAGUAAAAACAAAUAUUUAGACUUUAUGUAAAAUCAAUUUUGUGAAAUUAUUCCGUUUAAAUUUUAUGUUUUUAAAUAAAAAUGGAAACUGAAAAUAUUGAUACAAAAUUUGUUUUAAAAGUUGCGUUAGUUAUGAAUCGAUAGAUAAUUCUAAAAAAAAGCAUGAUAGUAUUACUUAUAAGGAAACAAAACUAGAUAAAAAUAAAUGAAAAGUUGUAAAUAUACUGUUGCGUUAAUUAAAUAGAAAUUGAAUUUUAAUAGGGAAUUGUGUAUUUUAUUUUGUACUUAUUAUUAUUAUUAUUUUUAUUUAAUAAAGUCUUGUAAAUUAUUAUUAUUGUGAGUACAUUUUAAAAGAUAUAAUAGAAGUUUUUAUAAAUAUAA